GGUAAACGCUAGGGGUGCUGGUUUGCUAGCGCCAAAGCCGUUCUGUCAUUGGGAAGGAAAAUUAAAACGGAUUUAUUUGGUUGUUUCUUUUUUAAAAAAAAAAAAAAAAAAGAUGUGGGAGGGGGUUAAAAAUACGGAAUAGGCCUAGUUGUUGCUAUUCAGACUCCUCUCCUCGGUUAGGGGAUCGCUACGGCACUGGCUGCGGGGAAAUACAAUAAAAUAAAUCAGAGAAGGGGGUUGGAAAGGAGGAAUAAAAUUUAAGAGGAAAAGAAAAAAGAGCUCUAAUGGGUUUGGUUCUGUAGAAUUAUUUUAUGGCAUCCAUCUACACGUUGUACAAGCAGAUUUGAUUUGGCUUCUUACUUUUACGGCAGGUUUUAGAGGGGAAGAUACAGUUUAGGGUUGCUGCCCGCUCCCCGCAAAGCGGGGGUGCUGGGUUGGGGGGUGGGAAACGCUCCGCUGGGUGCAAAAGGCGUCUUCGCUUUGCUCCGCGUCUUUUGCUGGAAAGCCGGGGGUGGCGCGGGCGUGUGAAACUGCUCGGGGCUUGUCCUGAGCGCGUGGGGGUUUGGUUCUUAAAAUACGCCUUCGUUUUUCUGUUUUUCUGGGAAUUAUACGUUUUAUCAGGAAAAGCGACUAUUCACCCUAAAGUACCUGAAAAAUCGGGGGGGGUGUGUGUCAUUUGUCCGGGAAAACCGCGGGACAUUCGUUCUUGGCCGCAACUAAUUUUUUGGUAGAAGAAAAAAUGCAGUAGCUUAUGAAAUAUAUUUAAGAUAUUUUCCUGGAAUUUUAAUGGAGGGGAAACGCCGCAUUUCUCUGAUAACCUCUUUGCGGUGGCAUUUAAAUGCAAUGAAUUCGGGAGAUGCUUGACCAAAAAAUGUUCUGCCUUUUGAAAUACAAGGAAACAAAAAAAAAAGGGGGGGGGGAGAGAGGAUGCUAUACUUUUAAUCUCUUGGGCAACUGUAAUUUUAAACGAAAUCUCAACAUGAUGCUACCCUCAUUAGUUCCGAAUGAAGGUUCAUUACCUAGACAGUAUGAAUAUUUUAUUGCUUUAUAUCCCUUUUUCGGAAAUGAAACGCCUUUGAUCUUUUUCUCGGGUUGUAAAAAGAAUUGCCUGUCAUUAAAAAAAAAACCUGUCGUCCCAUCUGCCUUUACAUUCUGUAUUUCUUUUCAUCUGUUUCUUUCCUUUUUUUUCUUUUUUUUUCUUUUCUUUUUUUUUUUUUUUAUGAUUUAUCCGCACCCGCCCGUAUAAACCCAAACCUUGGUUGACCUCCAGGAACGAAAUGUGGGCGCUGCGUAUAGCGAAUGAUUACGAGGGUUUCAGGACGGAGGGGGACUGAGCUGUGGCAUUUUGCUUUUAAACAACGGUUAUUUUGGUUCGAGCCUCGUUGCGCGUCUAUAUUUCUAUAUUCAGUCCCAGAGCUGAUUUUUUUUUUUUUUUUUAGCACAGCGGUAAAUUAAUGCGGGAGGGACGGAGGAGAAGGUAGCAAAGUUCUAGUUUUUUUUCUAAUCUGGGAUGAGCUAUUCGGCUACUGAGUUGGUGCUUUAAUUAAUCGUCUUUCCUCUGAAGGGUGAAUCUUUUGACCAUCUUUAGAUUAAUUCUCGAUCUCUCGAGUCACAAAACUUUACCCCCCUGCCCCAGAAGAUAAUUAUGGCGAUAGGCGAAGAUCUCUGACCGAGGAGGAUGCAUCUGUCUUCUAUAUGUACCCUGUAGAUCCGAAUUUGUGUAAAGGAAGUUGGGUCACAAAUUCGUAUCUAGGGGAAUAUGUAGUUGACACAAACACUACAGGUCACAGUCCCAGAAGGCAUUAAAACCCAAACCAAACCCCCCAAAAAGCCACCCCUCCCUCCCCCGAGCUCUAACUAAAAGGGCGCAAACAAGGUUUUAACCAGAAAACUGUUUUAGAGCUGAAAAGAAAUAGGUUGGGGUUGACCUUAGCUCAACUCCAGCGCUCCUGCGAUAAACUUUAUCAUCGCUUCGAGAUAAAAUCUGAGCUGCGAAGGCGGGCGGGGGGUGUGGGGGGGUCAGGGGCGUUAUUAUUGCCGUCCGAGAGCCAGGGUCCCGCUAGUGCUUCAGUUGGUGGCAUCUCAGCACCGACACCGAAAGAAAUUUUUUUUUUUUUUAAUAUAUAUAUAUAUAUAUUAAUUGCUUUCUUUCGUGCCGCGCGUGGGGAGCUUAUUGCGCGUUUCGGGUCCGAACACGGCUUUGAGGAAUCGGGGGUGCCUCUGGAAAGGCUGCUGCUCUGCUCGGGCUUUUAAAGCGUCUUUAUUACAAGAAGGGCGAGGCGAAGAUGCAUUAGGACUUGGGCUAAUUCGCUUUUGUAAUUGUUCAUCAAGUCCUUGAUUUCUUGCUUGGAGGACGGGCUCCUUUUUUUCCAUCGGUGCGUGGGAAAACCAGGCAAUCUCAGAGCGCAGCUAAAUGUGAUUUAGGAGACCGGGUACCCCGAAUUAGCUGAUGAAUUUCUUAUCGAUCCCGAACGAGCCCUAUUCAUCUCUGCCAGGCUCGGGGCGCAAUGUCCCUUCCCGUAUCACCUUAGGACGGAAUGAGAUGCAGCCACCACCCGGAGGGACCGCCAUGGAUCAUGUGCUGGGGCAGCGGCUCCGCGCCGCAGCCUCCCCCCACCCCAAAAAAAAAAAAAAAAAAAAAGCGGGGUUACCCUCUAUUAUAUUAUUUUUAAUUUUUUUUUUUGUUUGGGGGGGAUUUUUAUUUUUCCCACCCUCCCUCCCCUCGGCCCCCCCGCGCCCUGAGCCAGGACACACCCCCGAGGGGUGUGGGCCGGGGUGGGGGGGUGGGGGGGGAGCCCCGCUUCUCGCCCACGGGGCGCUGCGGAGCCCGGGGCCGGCGGGGCCCGGCGGCGGCGGGGCCGGGGGAGGCCGGAGGGGAGCGGGCGCCCCCGGUCGCCUCCCCGGGGAUGCUGGGGGAUGCUGGGGGCCCCGGGAGAGCCCGGGCUGGGCAGAUUUCCUUAUCCGGGGAUCGCAGGGCACCUCGCCAUUGGCCCGCGCUGUCACAUGGACUCCAACUUUGUUCACUUGACAAAAUUAAUGGCCAUGAGCUCGUUUUUGAUCAACUCCAACUAUGUGGACCCCAAGUUCCCACCCUGUGAAGAGUAUUCCCACAGCGAUUACCUUCCCAAUCACUCGCCGGAAUAUUACAGCAGCCAGAGGCGAGAGAGCACUUUCCAACAUGAAGCGAUGUACCAGCCGCGGUCAGCCUGCAAGGAGCAGCUCUACUCGUCCUGUCAGAGCUCCGGCCACCAAGCAGCGGUGUUAUCCCCCCGGGGUCAUGUCCAUCCUCCGGCCGGACUGCAGAGCCACCUCUCUGAGCCAAACCAUCCCUGCGAGCCGGUCACCCCCAGCCCACCACCCUCCUGCAGCCAAAACUCUCUGAACCAAAGCCCUUCCAAUUCCUCUUGCAAAGAGCCGGUAGUUUACCCCUGGAUGAAAAAAGUCCAUGUAAGCACGGUAAACCCCAAUUACUCAGGAGGGGAACCGAAACGCUCCCGCACAGCCUACACCAGGCAGCAAGUCCUGGAGCUGGAGAAGGAAUUUCACUAUAACCGCUAUCUCACCCGGAGGCGCAGGGUCGAGAUCGCCCAUUCCCUCUGCCUCUCCGAGCGCCAGAUCAAAAUCUGGUUCCAGAACAGGAGGAUGAAAUGGAAAAAAGAUCACAAGUUACCCAAUACCAAGAUCAGGUCUAAUUCUUCCAGCUCCUCUGCCAGCCUGCAGAUCCCACAAGGAGGAUCUCAAAACCGAUCCCAUGGACCAGCCACCAGCCUAUAACUAUUCCCUGGAUGGAUGGAUGGAUGGAUGGAUGGAUGGAUGGAUGGAUGGAUGGAUGGAUGGAUGGAUGGAGUGUGCGUGUUUGUGGGUGUGAGUUCGUGCGUGUGCAGGGAACACAUUGUAAUUUGUUGGGGACUUUUCUUUUUUUUUAUUAUUUUUAAAUGCUCUAAGAAGCGAGGGAAGGAGGGGUGCUCUUUAUUUAUAGGGGGAACAGAGGGAGACUCAGCUGCAACAAAGCAGAGCUGUGCCGUUGCGCCUCUCUUCCAUUAAAAGGAGGCUGUAGAUAGUAGUUUUCAGAUUUGGCUAAGAUGGAUCCUUGUUUCAUCUUUAAUCACGCCAAGCUCUGCCCCAUUUGUCAUGUUUACUCUCCCGUACAAAGGAUGGACCUUAUGUCUGCUAUUACCUCGACAACCAGCGCUCACUUUAAUAAAUGAGGCUCAGUUUCUUCAAGACGAACUGGAUUUUCUCCCCCCCCCCUUCUUUUUUCCCUUCUCUUUUUCUUUUCUUGCCUACCAGCCACAAACGGAAAGUUUCUGUCCCGCCAUCCCAAAGACGCGGCGAUUCCAGCGCAGCCCUGCAAUGGGAAAAAAAGAUAAAUCUCCCCAAACCCAACAAACACCCCCAAAAUCCCCGACGGGGACCAUGGGGAGCGGGAGGGGGGGCUGCGUGGGGGUGGGGGUGGGCACGGACCCCUGGAAAAACAAGGAAAAUUAGGUCAAGUGGGUGAUGGACAAAGAAAGGGAGAGGAUGGAGAGUGAUGGAGGAGGAGGACCUCCCCCCCCCCGGCCAUUCUGUUGAGUCCAGCAGGUUAAUUGUGAGUCUGGGAAAGGGGGGGCAGGAGGGGAGGGGGGGCAAAAGGGGGAGGUUAGAAACCAGGGGGUGACCACUGGCACCUGAACUCAUCCCCCCAGCCCGGGGUGAGGGGCGGCGGGGGGUGGGCGUGGGGGCUGCUCUCUGUUUAGCCCAGUUUUGUACUGAAAAUGUGAAUUAGGGCCGGAGGGGUGAGGGCUCCCCCCCCCGCCCCCGCCUUGGGGUGAGCACGGGGUGAGGGGUCUGGCCAGGCUCCCCCUAAUCCCCCGCCCUCCUCCAUCCCCUCCCUUUGUCCUUCGCGGUGUCCAGGAUUACCUGUAAAUAGCAGAGAAAAAGAACAAAACCAACCAAACAGACAAAAAAAAAGCGAAAUUGGAAAUAAAUUUUUUCAUUGUGAA